AUGUCAACUUACAACAUCACCGUACUCGCAGGGGAUGGAAUUGGCCCAGAAGUCGUCAGCCAAGCAACCCGCGUCUUCGAUAAGAUAUCCCAAGUGAAUCCAUCCAUAAAAUUCAACUUGAUUGAUAAGCUCUUUGGUGGCUGUGCCAUCGACGCUACUGGUGAACCUCUCCCAAGCGAUACCCUCGAAAGCUGUAGAUCCUCUGACGCCGUUCUGAUGGGCUCCGUUGGCGGUCCGAAGUGGGGCCCAAGCUCCCCCAUCCGUCCUGAACAGGGCAUACUCGCCCUCCGCAAGUCACUCAACCUCUUCGCCAACAUCCGUCCUGCUUCUUUCGCUUCGGACAGCUUGCUCGCUUUUACACCACUAAAGGAGGAAGUAGCUAUAGGCACAGACGUGAUCAUCCUCAGGGAGCUGACUGGUGGUAUCUACUUUGGAAAGCGUCAAGAGGCUGAUGCUAAUGGAUAUGCUUUCGAUACAAUGGAAUAUUCAAAGUCAGAAGUCGAGAGAAUCGCUAGAGUCGCAGCUGAGCUCGCCCUCUCGUACAACCCUCCACUCCCUGUCCACAGCAUUGACAAGGCUAAUGUUCUCGCUACCUCCCGUCUCUGGCGCAAGACGGUCACUGAGUUGUAUGCAAAGGAAUACCCUCAACUCAGUCUCGAUCACCAAUAUGUCGACUCUGCAUCCAUGUUCCUCGUCAACAACCCACGCAGACUCAACGGUGUUGCACUUAUGGAGAAUCUCUUCGGUGAUAUCCUCUCAGACGAAGCUUCUGUCAUCCCAGGCGCACUUGGUCUCCUCCCAUCCUCAUCACUGAGUGCUGUUCCAAGCAAAGACAAAAGGACAUUCGGGUUGCAUGAGCCAAUUGGCGGUAGUGCACCUGAUAUCGCUGGUCAAGGUAUCGCUAACCCUGUUGGUACUAUCCUUUCAGCAGCUCUCCUCCUCCGUUACUCUCUCGGAUUGCACGCUGAAGCAGCCGCUGUUGAAUUAGCUGUCAGGAGAGUCCUCGACGACAAACAGAUUGGUGGUCAUGGUCUCCGUACCGGUGACCUGGGUGGAAGCACAAAGACUGUUGAAUUUGGUAAUGCUGUGAUUGAAGAGCUUGGCAAGGCUUUGAAUAGUGCCUAA